AUGGCCACCGCAGCAGAUGCCGCCGAGGCCAACAUCCAGGUCUGGAAGGUCAAGAAGCUCGUCAAGCAGCUCGACGCUGCACGCGGUGCUGGUACCUCGAUGAUCUCGCUCAUCCUUCCGCCGAGGUCGCAGAUUUCACAAGCAUCCAACAUGUUGACCCAAGAGUACGGCACUGCUUCCAACAUCAAGUCGCGAGUCAACCGUCUUUCCGUCCUGGCCGCCAUCACAUCCACACAGCAGCGACUCAAGCUGUACAACCGCGUGCCUGAUAACGGUCUCGUCGUGUACUGCGGAACGAUCCUCACAGACGAAGGUAAAGAAAAGAAGGUCAACUUUUCCUUCGAACCCUUCAAGCCCAUCAACACGUCGCUCUACCUCUGCGACAACAAGUUCCACACCGAGGCGCUCAGCGAGCUCUUGGAGGCGGAUGCCAAGUUUGGCUUCAUCGUCAUGGACGGUAACGGAUCACUGUUCGGUACUCUUUCCGGAAACACACGUACCGUGUUGCAGAAGCUCUCGGUCGAUCUGCCCAAGAAGCACGGUCGUGGUGGACAGUCGGCGCUGCGUUUCGCGCGUCUUCGUGAGGAAGCCCGUCACAACUACGUCCGUAAGAUCGCCGAGCUUUCGACGCAACACUUUAUCACGGAUAACAAGUGCAACGUUGCGGGUCUGGUGUUGGCCGGUUCGGCCGACUUCAAGACCGAGCUGAGUCAGUCCGACAUGUUCGACUACCGACUGGCGCCCAAGAUCGUCAAGAUCGUCGAUGUGUCGUACGGUGGAGAGAACGGGUUCAACCAGGCGAUCGAGUUGGCCGCCGAAACGCUGUCGAAUGUCAAGUUUGUUCAGGAGAAGAAGUUGAUCCAGAAGUACUUUGACGAGAUCUCGAUGGAGACGGGCAAGUACUGCUUUGGUCUGGACGAUACAUUCAAGGCGUUGGAUCUGGGUGCGGUCGAGACGUUGAUUGUGUGGGAAAACCUCGAUGUGACGCGCUACGUGCUCAAGGACAGCGAGGGAAGCCAGAACAUCCUCAUGCUCACCAAGGAGCAGGAGAAGGACCGAAGCCGGUUCAUGGACAGAGCGACGGGCGAGGCUAUGGAGCAGGUGGAGGAACCCAUGCCGCUCUUGGAAUGGCUCGCAGAGAACUACCGCACUUUCGGUACCAACCUCGAGUUUGUCACGGACCGAUCACAAGAGGGCAUGCAGUUCUGCAAGGGUUUCGGUGGUAUCGGUGGCAUUCUGCGAUACAAGGUCGCGUUCGAGGAGAUGGCCGUCUUUGAUGACGAGGACGAGUUCAUGAGCGACGACUCGGACGAUUAA